UGAAGUGUCUGCUUGAUGUACUUGGCCUUUUCUGUUUGUGUAGAGGGCCUUUCAACUGAGGAAAUAAACGAUGUUCUGGAGAGGGUUUCAUCAGAGUGGAAGUUGCUAUCUCAGCAGCUCGAAGAUCUGGGAAGGAAGAUCCAACUCCAGGACGAUAUAAAUGCUUAUUUUAAGCAGCUCGAUGCCCUCGAAAAGACCAUCAAAGCAAAGGAAGAGUGGCUGAGGGACACACCCUUUUCUGCAUCACCUCAGCAGCCCUUGCCAAGCUUAAAGGAUUCCUGCCAGAGGGAACUGACAGAUCUCCUUGGCCUUCACCCCAGAAUUGAGACACUGUGUGCAAGCUGUUCAGCCCUGAAGUCUCAGCCCUCUGUCCCAGGUUUUGUCCAGCAGGGUUUUGAUGACCUUUGGAGUCACCACCAGGCCGUGCAGAAGGCUUUAGAGGAAUGCCAGCAGCAACUCGAGAACGAACUGAAGAGCCAACCUGGACCUGUGUACUUGGACACAUUGAACACACUGAAAGAGAUGCUAAGUGAGUCAGAAAAAAAAGCUCAGACGUCUCUGGACUCCCUUAAUGAUCUCACAACGCUGGAGCAGGCCCUGCAAGAGAAAAAGGCCCUUGAUGAAGUUCUUGAGAAUCACAAACCUACAUUGCAUAAACUUUCAGAAGAAACAAAGAUUUUGGAGAAAAAUGUGCUUCCUGACGUGGGAAAAAAGUUUAAACAAAAAUUUGAUGAUGUCCAGGGGAGAUGGAGUAAAGUAAAGGCUAAGGUUUCCAGAGAUUUACAUUUGCUUGAGGAAAUCAUGCCCAGACUCAGAGACUUUGAGGCUGACUCAGAGGUCAUUGAGAAGUGGACGGGUGAUGUGAAGGAGUUCCUAAGGAAAGAGCAGGCUGCUCAAGGAGACGCGGCUGGUCUACAGCGGCAGCUUGACCAGUGUGCUACAUUUGCAAAUGAAAUUGAAACGAUCGAAUCAUCUCUCAAAAACAUGAGAGAAGUAGAGACUGAUCUUCAAAGUUGUCCAGUCACCGGAGUGAAGACUUGGAUCCAUGGACGAGUAGCGGACUACCAUGCUCAGCUGGAGAAAUUCAGCAAAGAGAUUGCUAUUCAAAAAAGUAAGUUGUCUGAUAGUCAGGAAAAAACCACGAACUUGAAAAAGGACUUGGCCGAGAUGCAGGAGUGGAUGGCUCAGGCUGAGGAGGAGUACCUGGAGAGGGACUUUGAGUACAAAUCCCCGGAAGAACUGGAGAGUGCUGUGGAGGAAAUGAAGAGAGCGAAAGAGGACGUGCUGCAGAAGGAGGUGAGGGUGAAGAUUCUGAAGGACAGCAUCCAGCUGCUGGCCACCAAGGUGCCCUCUGGUGGCCAGGAGUUGACAUCGGAGUUCAACAUGGUGCUGGAGAGCUACCAACUUCUUUGUAAUAGAAUUCGUGGAAAGUGCCACACACUAGAGGAGGUCUGGUCUUGUUGGGUGGAGCUGCUUCACUAUUUGGAUCUGGAAACCACUUGGUUGAACACUUUGGAGGAGCGCGUGAGGAGCACAGAGGCCCUGCCCGAGAGGAUAGAUACUGUUCACGAAGCUCUGGAGUCUCUGGAAUCUGUUUUGCGUCACCCAGCGGAUAAUCGCACCCAGAUCCGGGAACUUGGGCAGACUCUGAUUGACGGUGGGAUACUGGAUGACAUCAUCAGCGAGAAGCUAGAGGCUUUUAACAGCCGAUAUGAAGAUUUGAGUCGCUCGGCGGAGAGCAAACAGAUUUCUUUGGAGAAACAGCUCCAGGUCCUCCGUGAGACCGACCACAUGCUUCAGGUGCUGAAGGAGAGCCUGGGGGAGCUGGACAAACAGCUCACCACAUACCUGACCGACAGGAUCGAUGCCUUCCAACUGCCGCAGGAAGCUCAGAAGAUCCAAGCAGAGAUCUCAGCCCAUGAACUCACGCUGGAGGAGCUGAGAAGGAAUCUCCGCUCCCAGCCCCCGACCUCCCCUGAGGGCAGGACCGCUAGAGGAGGGAGUCAAGUGGACCUGCUGCAGAGGAAACUUCGAGAGGUGUCCACAAAAUUCCAGCUCUUCCAGAAGCCUGCGAAUUUUGAGCAGCGAAUGCUUGACUGCAAGCGUGUGUUGGACGGAGUGAAAGCCGAGCUUCACGUCCUGGAGGUGAAGGAUGUGGACCCUGAUAUCAUCCAGACCCACCUGGACAAGUGCAUGAAACUGUAUAAAACAUUGAGUGAGGUCAAGCUUGAAGUUGAGACGGUCAUCAAAACAGGGAGGCACAUUGUCCAGAAGCAGCAGACAGACAACCCGAAGAGCAUGGAUGAGCAGCUAACGUUCCUGAAGGUUCUCUACAACGACCUGGGUGCACAGGUGACAGAAGGGAAGCAGGACCUGGAAAGAGCCUCUCAGCUGUCCCGGAAGAUGAGGAAGGAGGCCGACAUCCUCUCCGAAUGGCUUUCUGCCACAGAGGCAGAACUGGUGCGGAAGUCCACAUCGGAAGGUGUGAUUGGUGACCUGGAAACAGAGAUCUCCUGGGCUAAAAAUAUUCUGAAGGAUCUGGAAAAGAGAAAAGUUGACUUAAGCAGCAUUACUGAGAGUAGCGCUGCCCUUCAGCAGUUGGUCUCUGGCAGCGAGUCUGUCUUGGAAGAGAAUCUCUGUGUGCUCAAUGCUGGGUGGAGUCGAGUCCGGACCUGGACCGAGGACUGGUGCAACACUUUGCUGGACCGUCAGAAUCAGCUGGAGCUGUUUGAUGGACAUGUCGCUCAUAUCAGUACCUGGCUGUAUCAAGCUGAAGCUCUACUGGAUGAGAUCGAAAAAAAACCAGCAAGCAAACAGGAGGAACUCGUGAAGCGUUUGUUGUCUGAGCUGGAUGACGUCAACCUCCAGGUUGAGAAUGUUCGUGAACAAGCCAUCAUCUUGAUGAAUGCCCGUGGAAGUGCCAGCAGGGAACUCGUAGAACCCAAAUUAGCUGAGCUGAACAGAAAUUUUGAGAAGGUGUCCCAACAUAUCAAAAGUUCCCAAAUGCUGAUUGACCAGGACCCUACAUCCUAUCAAUGCUUUGGUCCUGCUGGAACUGUUGAAGCUGCUGGGUCUUUCUCUGACUUGGAAAAAUUAGAAAAUGAUGUAGAAAACAUGCUGAAGGUUGUGGAAAAACACUUGGACUCCAGGAAUGAUGAGGAAAAGAUGGAUGAGGAGAGAGCCCAGAUUGAGGAAGUUCUGCGAAGAGGGGAUCAUUUGUUACAUGAACCCAUGGAGGACAGUAAAAAGGAAAAGAUCCGUUUGCAGUUGCUCCUUUUGCAUACACGUUACAACAAGAUUAAGACAAUCUCUAUCCAGCAGAAAAAAAUGAUUCCACUUUCUUCUGAAAUUGCGUCAUCAGCCCUCCCUGCGGAUUAUCUGGUUGAAAUUAAUAAAAUUUUACUCACUUUGGAUGACAUUGAAUUAUCGCUCAAUAUUCCUGAGCUGAACACCACUGUGUGCGAAGACCUCUCUUUCCAAGAAGACUCUCUGAAGGAUAUCAAAGAUCAGCUGGACAGACUUGGAGAGCAGAUUGCCGUUGUUCACGAGAAGCAGCCGGAUGUGAUCCUCGAAGCGUCUGGUCCUGAAGCCAUUCAGAUCAGGGACAUGCUCAGUCAGCUGAAUGCGAAAUGGGACAGAGUGAAUAGAAUGUACAGCGAUCGGAAAGGGUCUUUAGCCAGGACUGUGGAGGAAUGGAGGCAGUUCCACCAUGACAUGGAGGACCUCACACAGUGGAUAUCUGAAGCUGAAGACCUCCUGGUAGAUACCUGUGCUCCAGAUGGUAGCCUGGACCUGGAGAAAGCCAGGACACAUCAACUGGAACUAGAAGAGGGCAUCAGCAGCCACCAGCCCAGCGUGGUGGCUGUAAACCAAACUGGGGAGGCCAUUGUGCACAGCCUCCGCCCCUCAGAUGCAAGUUUCCUGAAGGAUAAACUGGCGGUUUUGAACCAGCGCUGGAGCAGCCUUGUAGCUGAGGUGAAGGAUCGGCAGCUCAGGCUAAAAGGAGAAAGUAAGCAAGUGGCUGGAUACAGGAGAAGGCUGGAUGAGCUUCUCUGCUGGCUGACAAGGGUGGAGAACUCUGUGCAGAAGAGCUUCUCCAUGGACCCAGAGGAGAAUCCACAGGAAUUAACAGACUUGGCCCAAGAGAUGGACGUUCAAGCUGAAAACCUCAAAUGGCUGAACAGAGCAGAACUGGAAGUGCUCUCAGAUAAAAAUCUGAGUUUGCGCGAAAGAGACGAGCUUUCAGAAGGUUUGAGGAACGUGAACAUGACGUGGAACAAGAUAUGCAGAGAAGUGCCUAGCAUACUGAAGACACGCACCCACGAUCCCUGCUCUGCCUCACAGACAAAGAUUACUGCUCACCCCAAUGUCCAAAAGGUGGUGCUAGUAUCAUCUGCUUCGGAUAUGCCUCUGCGAGCCCCAGAGAUCUCAGUUCCCGCUGAUCUGGAUAAAACCAUCACAGAGCUGGCCGACUGGCUGGUAUUGAUCGACCAAAUGCUGAAGUCCAACAUUGUCACUGUGGGAGACGUGGCAGAGAUCAAUAAGACAGUUUCCCGGAUGAAAAUCACAAAGGCUGAUUUAGAACAGCGCCAUCCCCAACUUGAUUAUGUAUUUACAUUGGCACAAAAUUUGAAAAACAAAGCUUCCAGUUCAGAUGUGAGAACAGCAAUCACAGAAAAACUGGAAAAGGUGAAGACCCAGUGGGAGAGCACACAACAUGGGGUGGAGCUGAGGAGGCAGCAGCUGGAGGACAUGGUGGUGGACAGCCUGCAGUGGGAUGACCACAGGGAAGAGACCGAAGAGCUCAUGAGAAAGUAUGAGGCUCGCUUCUACAUGCUUCAGCAGGCCCGGCGUGAUCCACUGAGCAAACAGGUUUCCGAUAAUCAACUGUUGCUUCAAGAACUGGGUUCCGGUGAUGGUGUCAUCAUGGCAUUUGAUAACGUCCUGCAGAAACUUCUGGAAGAAUACAGUAACGAUGACACAAGGAAUGUGAAAGAAACCACUGAGUACUUGAAAACAUCAUGGAUCAAUCUCAAACAAAGCAUCACUGACAGACAGAGUGCCUUGGAGACUGAACUUCGGACAGUGCAGACUUCUCGUAGAGACUUGGAGAACUUGACCAAGUGGCUUCAGGAAGCAGAAACCACAGUGAAUGUGUUGGCAGAUGCCUCUCAGCGGGAGAAUGCUCUUCAGGACAGCAUCCUGGCCAGGCAGCUCAGACAGCAGAUGCUGGACAUCCAGGCCGAAAUUGAUGCCCACAAUGACAUAUUUAAAAGCAUCGAUGGAAACAGGCAGAAGAUGGUGAAAGCGCUGGGGAAUUCUGAGGAGGCCACAAUGCUUCAGCACCGACUGGACGACAUGAACCAGAGAUGGAAUGAUUUGAAAGCAAAAUCUGCUAGCAUCAGGGCCCAUUUGGAGGCCAGUGCCGAGAAGUGGAACAGGUUGCUGGCAUCUCUCGAGGAACUGAUCAAAUGGCUCAAUAUGAAAGAUGAAGAGCUGAAGAAACAGAUGCCCAUUGGAGGGGACGUUCCCGCCUUGCAGCUCCAGUAUGACCACUGCAAGGUGCUGAGACGUGAGCUGAAGGAGAAAGAACAUUCUGUGCUGAACGCUGUAGACCAAGCUCGAGUUUUUCUGGCUGAUCAGCCCAUAGAGGCCCCCGAAGAACCACGAAAAAACCUGCAAUCAAAAACAGAGUUGACUCCUGAAGAGAGAGCCCAAAAGAUCGCCAAGGCUAUGCGCAAGCAGUCUUCUGAAGUCAAAGAGAAGUGGGAGAGUCUAAACGCCGUGACGAGCAACUGGCAGAAGCAAGUGGGAAAGGCGUUAGAGAAACUCCGAGACCUGCAGGGAGCCAUGGAUGACCUGGACGCGGACAUGAAGGAGGCUGAGGCUGUGCGGAAUGGCUGGAAGCCCGUGGGAGACCUGCUCAUAGACUCGCUGCAGGAUCACAUAGAUAAAACCAUGGCAUUUAGAGAAGAAAUUGCACCAAUCAACCUAAAAGUUAAAACAAUGAAUGAUCUGUCCAGUCAGCUGUCUCCACUUGACCUGCAUCCAUCUCUAAAGAUGUCUCGCCAGCUGGAUGACCUUAAUAUGCGAUGGAAACUUCUCCAGGUUUCCGUGGACGAUCGCCUUAAACAGCUCCAGGAAGCCCACAGAGACUUUGGGCCAUCUUCCCAACACUUUCUGUCUACUUCUGUCCAGCUGCCCUGGCAACGAUCCAUUUCGCAUAAUAAAGUGCCCUAUUACAUCAACCAUCAAACACAGACCACCUGUUGGGAUCAUCCCAAAAUGACUGAACUCUUUCAAUCCCUCGCUGAUCUGAAUAACGUCCGUUUCUCCGCCUACCGCACAGCAAUCAAAAUUCGAAGGCUGCAAAAAGCGCUGUGUUUGGAUCUGCUAGAGCUGAACACAACGAAUGAAGUUUUCAAGCAGCACAAACUGAACCAAAAUGAUCAGCUCCUGAGUGUCCCAGAUGUCAUCAACUGUCUGACCACAACUUAUGAUGGGCUUGAACAAUUGCAUAAGGACCUGGUCAAUGUUCCGCUCUGCGUCGAUAUGUGUCUCAACUGGUUGCUCAAUGUAUAUGACACGGGUCGAACUGGAAAAAUUAGAGUGCAGAGCCUGAAGAUUGGACUGAUGUCUCUCUCCAAAGGCCUCCUAGAAGAAAAAUACAGAUGUCUCUUUAAGGAGGUGGCAGGGCCAACAGAGAUGUGUGACCAGAGGCAGCUUGGCUUGCUUCUUCAUGAUGCCAUCCAGAUCCCUCGGCAGCUGGGGGAAGUAGCAGCCUUUGGGGGCAGUAACAUUGAGCCCAGUGUUCGAAGCUGCUUCCAGCAGAAUAACAACAAGCCAGAGAUCAGUGUGAAGGAGUUUAUAGACUGGAUGCAUUUAGAACCUCAGUCCAUGGUAUGGUUGCCGGUUCUGCAUCGCGUGGCAGCUGCGGAGACUGCAAAGCAUCAGGCCAAGUGCAACAUCUGCAAAGAGUGUCCAAUUGUUGGGUUCAGGUAUAGAAGCCUAAAGCAUUUUAAUUAUGACGUCUGCCAGAGUUGCUUUUUCUCGGGAAGAACAGCAAAGGGACACAAAUUACAUUAUCCAAUGGUGGAAUACUGUAUACCGACAACUUCUGGGGAAGAUGUGCGAGACUUCACAAAGGUGCUGAAGAACAAGUUCAGGUCCAAGAAGUACUUUGCCAAACACCCUCGGCUUGGCUACCUGCCUGUCCAGACCGUGUUGGAAGGGGACAACUUAGAGACUCCUAUCACGCUCAUCAGUAUGUGGCCAGAGCACUAUGACCCCUCACACUCGCCUCAGCUCUUUCACGAUGACACCCACUCCCGGAUAGAGCAGUACGCCACACGACUGGCCCAGAUGGAGAGGACAAAUGGAUCUUUCCUGACAGACAGCAGCUCUACCACAGGAAGUGUGGAGGAUGAGCAUGCCCUCAUCCAGCAGUACUGCCAGACACUGGGCGGGGAGUCUCCCAUGAGCCAGCCACAGAGUCCAGCUCAGAUCUUGAAGUCCGUGGAGAGGGAAGAGCGUGGGGAAUUGGAGCGGAUCAUUGCUGACUUGGAGGAAGAACAAAGAAAUCUGCAGGUGGAGUAUGAGCAGCUGAAGGAGCAGCACCUAAGAAGGGGCCUCCCUGUGGGCUCGCCUCCAGAAUCCAUCGUGUCGCCUCAUCAUACAUCCGAGGACUCAGAACUUAUAGCGGAAGCUAAGCUCCUUCGGCAGCACAAAGGGCGGCUGGAGGCGAGGAUGCAGAUUUUGGAAGAUCACAAUAAACAGCUGGAGUCGCAGCUGCACCGCCUCAGACAGCUGCUGGAGCAGCCUGAAUCCGAUUCCCGCAUCAACGGUGUCUCCCCGUGGGCUUCGCCGCAGCAUUCUGCACUGAGCUACUCCCUUGACCCUGACCCAGGCCCACAGUUCCACCAGGCAGCAUCUGAGGACCUGCUGGCCCCACCUCAUGACACCAGCACGGACCUCACAGAGGUGAUGGAGCAGAUCGAUAGCACGUUCCCCUCUUGCAGCGCCAAUGUCCCCAGCAGGCCUCAGGCAAUGUGAAGCAUUCAUCUAGCCAACCAACAUUUCCUGACCUUCAGUAUUGCCCUCUUCCGCAAAUGCCAAUUCCAAGUCCCAUUCGACCUGAAGCUCCCUGGCUCCGCGACACGUGCAGUUGGCGUUGACUGUGUGUUCUACUGAGGGAAUAAAACACCGACUAUCCAAAGAGAAAAGGGUAUUUUGUUUCUGUAAUAACGUAUAGUAUUGUUUUCUUCUCCCCUUUCUAUGCAACUGUAAAUUAAUGAACACGGAAGUUAUUUGGAGGUGGUAAUGCAUUUGUCACUGAUUUGUAUAGUAUAUACAGCCGUGGGAAAGUGGGUGGGGGCUUUCUAAUAUGAAACUGCCUUUUUAAUAAGAGAAAAAUGCAUAAGAAUUAGACCACUCUACAUUAUUACAUUCCUUCUGCUGUUCAUGUUAAUUAACCUUGUACAAUAACUUCAUUUAUUAUAUGACUAUUUUCCCGUUAUAGUUCGGUUAUUUAUAAUUCAUCAGCCAUGACCAAAUAGACUUUGUGUAUUUGUUUCUAGGGUUUGGCCAAAUUCUUAAGUUCAUAUAUUUGAAUCAAAUAUGUGAAGUAAGCAGCAAUUCUGGAUGUUAUUUAACCUUAGUUGACAUCAUCCACUUAGCCCUUCAGUAACCAUUGGAUGACUCCAGUAAACAUCCUGUGAACUAAUUGGCAACACUGCUGGGUAUUUUACCUCCUGCUUUUUAUUCCUUUCUUGUAAGUAGAUCUUGACAUCUUUAUUUAUUUCAUCGUGCAAUCUUUAUGCUAAAGAAGACUGCAUUCUAAUAGUCUCAAAAAUCAUUUUACCAAAGGUUGCCAUUUAAGCAUAUUUUCAUUUUGACUCAGAAACAAAAGUUAGAACAGCAUCUCCUAGUACCUUCAGCCUUGGUUUCCAUCGUAAGGUACACCACAGACUUUUCCCACUGUGAGAUGAGAUCACAUCAUGGUCUUUAGUUCUCAAAUAGACUUUUAUCAUUGCUUUUGUAUUUUCAAGUCCUUGGUAAGUUUUGAAAGCCCUAGUGGUUUCCUUUAUGAAAGCAUACUUAGUGCCUGUCUCAUGGGAACCUUCGGGACAAAUGGACAGAUGUCUCAUGACCCGUCACGUGACCAGCAGCACAUCUGGGAAGAAUGUCAAUCACAAGCCUAUAUUGCUUUUCCAGAAUGAAAUUAAUGCUUAGAUGAUUGGUCCCCUGCCUCGACUUCUGAGUGCAUUCAGCUAGAUAUUUGGUUGUUUUUUUUUUCUCUUUUUUUAAUUUAGCAUUUAAUUACCAACUGUAGAGAAUACCAAAAAUAAAAUCAAAGGAAAUAUGUUUUGAUUCAAACAUAUGUGCUUUUGAAACAUCGGGACAUGCUAACUUUGGGUUCUCUUUUGCUGGCUAGCAGGAGGCUGAAAGUUGGACAUUGCUAUUCUUUUAGGGUUGGUUGGGUGGGUUGGGGGCAAAGGGUGUCUAUUUGCAGCAUAGCUAUUUUGAGAAGAAGAAAAUUGUUUUAUAAUAGAGGAGAGCCAUGAUCACCUUUCUACCUCAGAACCACCUUCCUCCAUUGUGUUGGACAUAGCUUUAUACGCCACAGUGUGCAAAGCCUAGGCUUUCAUCAGGCCAUUUCAUACCCAAGAAAGCACCUAAACAACCCCAGCAAACAACUCCCUGAUCUCAGAUCCCCAGGUUGUAGAUUUGGUGUCUUCCUUGUUCUUCCUUUGAGAAGUCAUGUAUUCUUUUUUUUUUCCUCCUGCCUGUAUUUGUAUGCAAAAUAAACUCUAUCUGCUAUUACAGAAAAAGCUACACAAAACACUACAUUGUAACCUUCUGAAUAUUAAGAGGAACUAUAUCUCAGUAACCACAGUGAGAAAUAAAGUGUAUUGUUCUUUUGAAGUAUGUGGUAAAGAACUAAUCACAGACUGUCAUCUAAUCUGGUUACAUAUUGUAUUUUUCAUCCUGAAUAAAAGUAAUUUUAACACAAAA